UCCCAAAAAAAAGAAAUUUUGUUUAAUGGCAGUUGAAUGCUAACAUUGUCUAUGGUCCAAUUAUAUUAUCUCUAGUGACGUGUGUACCAAAACAUAGGCCUUGUCACAAUCCAUAAUCAUUGUCCUAACCCGACCAGCCGCCACAGUCCAUAUAUUUGCAGAGUAAUAACCUUAAGCUUGAAUGAAAACAAUGGCUACAGAAAGAAUAAAAGUGGCAAGAAUGAAAUUGGGUUCACAGGGUCUUGAAGUAUCUGUACAAGGACUUGGUUGUAUGGGCAUGUCUGCUUUUUAUGGGCCACCCAAACCUGAACCUGAUAUGAUCAAGUUAAUUCACCAUGCCAUUAACUCUGGUGUCACAUUUCUUGAUACUUCUGAUGUCUAUGGGCCUCACACUAAUGAAAUCCUCAUUGGCAAAGCUUUGAAGGGAGGGAUGAGAGAACGAGUAGUGUUAGCAACAAAAUUUGGUAUUGUUUUAGGAGAUGAAAAGAAAGCAGAAGGAAAGAGAGAGGUGCAUGGACAUCCAGCCUAUGUAAGGGCAGCAUGCGAGGCUAGCUUAAAGCGACUUGAUGUUGACUGCAUUGACUUGUACUAUCAGCACCGAAUUGAUACACGUGUGCCCAUUGAAGUCACGGUUGGAGAACUUAAGAAGCUGGUUGAAGAGGGUAAAAUAAAAUAUAUAGGUCUCUCCGAGGCUUCAGCAUCAACAAUUAGAAGAGCACAUGCAGUUCAUCCAAUAACAGCAGUACAAUUAGAAUGGUCUCUAUGGUCGAGAGAUGUAGAGGAAGAAAUAAUCCCUACUUGCAGAGAACUUGGAAUUGGGGUUGUGGCAUACAGUCCACUAGGACGGGGCUUUUUGUCAUCAGGUCCAAAGCUGCUUGAGGAUAUGUCAAAUGAAGACUACCGAAAGCAUCUGCCAAGGUUCCAGGCUGAGAAUCUUGAGCAUAACAAAAACUUGUACGAGCAGAUUUGUCAAAUGGCUGCAAAGAAGGGAUGUACCCCCUCUCAACUGGCCUUGGCCUGGGUACAUCACCAAGGAAACGAUGUGUGUCCCAUACCGGGCACCACCAAAAUUGAAAACUUCAAUCAGAACAUUGGAGCUCUGUCCAUAAUGUUAACACCAGAUGACAUGGUGGAGCUUGAAUCCAUUGCGUCAGCUAAUGCAGUCCAGGGUGAUAGGUAUAUUCCUGGUAUGAAUACUUACAAAAAUUCAGAAACGCCGCCCCUUUCAGCAUGGAAGGCUACAUAAUGAUGCAAUCGCGUAACUAGCGUCUCUGUGUUGAAGUUGAGUUGAGUUUUGCUGUCUUACGCACUGCUUAAUAGGGAGUAUAUUUUUCAGUUUCAAACUAUCGUGCCACUUAUGACCUUAUGAUGGUUCGAAAAUAAAUUCAUGACUCCAAUUUGUGUACUUGUGGAGGUUUUUGACAGAUCAUUUCUUUGUUGGAGUUUUGUGACAGAUAUUAGAGGUA